GCCCCGCAGUUCGAUUGAAGACACCGGCCGGCGAUCACGCUGCUGGCGGCCGCGCGCGACCGAGCUCUCUCUCUCUCUCUCCUCUCUUACUCUCCUCUCGUUCCGUGUCUCACCGAGAAGCCGAGUGAGCGGGAGAUCCUUUUCUCUCUGCGAGUGUUUGUUUUCGCGUUCUGUGCUGCCCCGUCUUCACCGUCAGCGACUCGCAGCCCAGCCAGGUUUCAGGCAACAGCGUCGUGCAUACGCGGAAAAGUGUCAGUGCGCGAGUGAAUAAGCGUAGAGCGGGCCGCGGCCCCUGCAAGCUUCCCCGAUGAGGCUUGAUCCGCGCGUGUGAGAAUCCGCCGCGAGACAGAGAAAGGGAUAGAGCUAUAGAGCGAGGAGCCGAAGGAUCGGUGCAUUCUCGGAGUGUAUGUGCGAGGGUCGACACGAUGGCCGGACACUAUAGCCGUUGGCUCGUCCUGGCAGCUAUGAGCUGCUGCUGCCUCCUGCAGAGCAUCGAAGCUGUUGCCCUCACCACGACCAGUGACAAGGACGCCGAUUUGGCCGAGGAGAAGACCAGCUUCGAAGCCGCUUUUCAAGGGAGAUGCGGCCACGGCUCGCCGUGCGAGCAGCUGUGCUACGAGCUUCACGACGGCAUGUACGAGUGCGACUGCAGGGACGGAUACGUUCUGCACAAAAACGGAUACAGCUGUGCUGAGCUGAACGCGACGUCGGCAAUGAUGAACGAGGGCAGCGCUAUGGAGCCGAUGGUAUCGGGCAGCGCCGAGGCCGAGAGUAACGAGGAGGACAACGUCGAGGACAUCCUCUACAUGCGGGGCGCCUCUUUCACGAUACACCUCGACGCGCAGAGAAACGGAAAUAACACGACGCGUCUCUAUGACGAGGAUAACGACGCCGAUGACGAUGACGUCGAUGACGAUGUCGAGACGAACGAGAUUCCGGACGAGGACAAGCUGCUGUCCGACGCUCAAGUGAAUUCAAGUCCGUCGGAGAGGCAGCAAGGGACGGCAAGUCCGAGCAGCGAACCGGCGAGUACACCGUGUACACUGGACUGCGGCCCCGGCGGCAGCUGUUACCUCGAGCUCGGCGCCGCAGCCGUCGCAGCGCCGCGACGACGACGGCGCAGCAGUCCGGCGGUGAUUCAGAGAUGCCAAUGCCCCCUUGGCCGAGGCGGCGAUCGAUGUCAGCACGAGACGGAAGUGAGAUCGCCGCGCUUCACGGGCCUUAGCUGGCUCGCGUUUCCCCCGCUGCACGCGGCCUACAAGCACGUCCAGUUGGAGCUCGAGUUCCGUCCGGAGGCUUGGGACGGCGUCCUUCUACUGGCCGGCGAGAGGGACGACCUGCAGGGAGAUUUUAUGGCUCUGAUCCUCCACCACGGAUACGUCGAGUUCAGAUUUGACUGCGGCAGCGGAGUCGGCAUUGUGAGAAGCUCCGAGACCGUCAAGCUCAACGAAUGGAACGUUCUGAGCAUCUACCGGCACCGCUGGGAUGCGUGGCUGCAAUUAAAUCAGGAGAAGCGAGUUCAAGGCAGAUCAAAGGGCCUGUUCUCGAGGAUCACGUUCCGCGAACCGCUCUUCAUCGGCGGCCCAGGCAACACGAGCGGUCUCGAGCGUCUGCCCGUACGCCAGGGCUUUCGGGGAUGUGUGCGCAACCUCGAAGUCAACGAGCAUCGCUACCACUUCCCGCUGGCGCCCCAGGGCGACGCGAUCAACGGCUUCGACGUCGAAAAGUGCACAGCCGACAGAUGCAGCAAGGUGCCAUGCUCGCACGGCGGCAAGUGCCUGACGACCGGCGGUGACACGGCCGUCUGUCUCUGUCCGCUCGGCUACACGGGUGACCUCUGCGAGACGAGGGUCGAUCUCCAGGUACCGUCGUUUAACGGAUCCUCAUAUCUGAGGUACGCCGGAUUAGCGGAAACGUCGCUGUCCUGGCUGGAAUUGGCCGUGACGCUGAAGCCAACUACCCCCGACGGUGUGAUCUUGUAUAACGGCCAUCACAGCGACGCCACUGGCGAUUUUAUUGCCCUCUACCUAGCGCAGGGCCAUGUGCAAUUUACGUUCGACCUGGGAACUGGAUGUGCUACCUUAAGGAGCGAGAAGCCGGUGCGACUGGGCGAGUGGAUCGAGGUCCGAGUGUCGAGGACGGGACGCCUGGCAUCCCUGGAGGUCGAGGACGAGCCGGCCCAGGAGAUCAUGGCGCCCGGAGCCUUCACCCAACUCUCGCUGCCGUUGAAUCUCUACUUGGGCGGCGCUCCUUCCGCCGAGAUGUACUCGCCUAAAAUGAAGACAAAGGCUAGCUUCGUUGGAUGCGUACAGACGGUCGUGCUCAAUCGGCGAGAGAUCGGAAUCCUAGCGGAGGCCUUGGGAGGCGUGAACGUGGGCAACUGCGGACACGCGUGCGAGGCCCGGCCCUGCGGCGACGCCGAGUGUCGGCCUCUGCGCGAGCGCUUCACCUGCCGCUGCCGGCCGGGACUACCCCAUCCCUGUCCAGCGUUGGACGAGCCCCGGCAGCAGCAGCAGCAGCAGCAGCAGCAGCAGCAGCAGCAGGUGGAGGUGACGAGUUCGGUGCUGCUGACGCCGACGACGAGCGGACCCAGAGAGCCCGAGCUGCCGGUGCCGAGCUUCACCGGGAGCGACAGCUACCUGCACUACGACGACGCCGAUACCAUGAAGAGGAUAAUCAGCUACAAAGUGGACAUAAACAUGCGGUUCCGAGCGAGCAGCAACAGCGGCCUGCUGUUGUGGAGCGGCCGGCAAUCGGAUCCGCAGGAACAAAGGGAUUCUAACGAGGACUUCCUGGCGCUCGGACUCGACCAAGGCUAUCUGACCCUCGCCUACAACCUCGGCUCCGGCGAGGCUGUGCUCAGAUACAAUCUCACCAGACUCGACGACGAUCUCUGGCAUCGGAUUCGGGCGGUCAGGAACGAGCAGAGAGCUUCUUUGGUCGUGGACAAUGGCAAGGUCGUCUCCGCGGAAUCCCCGGGACAAUUGAGGCAGUUGAAUACCGACACCGGACUCUACGUAGGCGGAGCGCCGUCCAUAGCGAGGACCACGGGCGGUCGCUACCUGAAGGGCAUCGUGGGCUGCAUAAGCGACCUGGUACUCGACUCGGACUACUCGGUGGCGCUGUCGUCGCCCGGCCAGGCGACCAACACGCACACGUGCAUACCCUGAGUUCCCCGGCAGUUUGAGAGUAAACGCGAAUGGGAUAAACAAAUGGACGCCGGAACGAGAGGGCGCGACUACACUUUUGUACAGAAGAACAUGUUGCGAGCCGUAUCCUGGCAGGAUAUAUAAUGAAUUAGCUGAAUUUCUAGUCGGCGAGGUACUUGUAAAUAAUUGACCGUAAUUGACCGCGCGAGGGGGUGUAACUGUCCUUAGCUCUCUAUUUUUCUCUUGCGAGUCUUUCGUUGUGUACCUAUACUCUUUAAGUGUACGAUCUUUGUGUUCCGAGCAGCAGUUCGACUGUAUAAGUUCUAUCAGGUUUAGUUUUUCGCUGUAUCGUGUAUAUCAGGUAUAGAGAGAAAGAUAGAGAAGCGAGAGAUAGGUAGAUACGCGUGCAACGACGGAGACUCGAUGCUAGUAGGAUAUUUUCUAUAUGAUAGACGCAUCAACGCUGAACACGAUGAAAACCCCCUGGGGACACGACGUGAACUAUCUCUCACUUCGCGAUGUGUGUGUGUGUGUGUGUGUGUGUGUGUGCGCGCGUGCGCGUGCGCGUGUGAUAACUUGCUGGCUUUUUCAGAUGAGUCCGCACACUCUAUUUCUCCGAAAAUCUAUCAUCUCACCCUCCUCGUUCCGAUGCACGUUUGUCGCACUGUACUAACCGUAUGCUCAACACCCACACAGAUACACGCGAUUGUCGUAUUACGAUCGAGUGAUUGAUACACGUCGCUCGAUCAUAUGCUGAUCAUAUACACAAAAGACACUUGUCUCGAAUUACGGAUCUGUCUACGAAAUAUGCCACAGGCAGGAGACACGAUUCCAGCAACGGGGGAUUCGCGCAGGCCUAAUAUGAAACCAGAGUCAAGAGAAGCAUAUAUACUAUAUUCACUGAAAUUCCUCUCGUCAAUUUGUAUAUCGAUUCCCCUCCAAAACGAGGCACUUUUGCGCGCGAUAUGACCCCGCUACUCCGAUCCUGUUUCCUCUUUUAUAUAUAUAUAUAUAUAUAUAUAUUACAUAUCCAGCAGAACUAUAUAUGAUAACGCUUCGCGUUUACACGUUCUGAAUAAUCAGCGCGUCAAUGAUGAUAACACGAGCUUCCUGCGCGAAAGAAAAAAAACACUAAGUAAAUCAAGACGGGACUUUCAAAGUACAAGACGAGAUUUAGAAGAAAAAAAGAGCAUCAAAGUAAUUUGCUUAAUAGAGACGGUACGAUGCACGGAUACGAAAAUAACGUCCUGGACCUCGCGGGAGGUCCAAUCACAAAGGUACAUAUAUAGCCGGUGGCGCGCUCGGUCGAGAAACUAGGUCAAUACGUACUUAAUGUACACGCCAUAUCGUAAGUGCGCUGCGUACGUGUGUGUAUGUGAUGAAAAUAUGCAGCCGAUGCGCGAGAAUCACGAGAACGUUAAGGGCCAGUCAAAUUAUAACGGAAUGAAAGGAUAUACAUAUAUUGGAGGAAAGAUAUACAAGGGGAGAUAAUAUCGUCAUGACAAAAAUAAAUGGGCAACGUGCCUCGUCUAUGCGGCAGGUAUGAAAGAGAGAGAGAGAGAGAGAGAGAGAGAGAGAGAGAGAGAGAGAAGCGAAGAAAUUAUU